AUGCCAGACUCACUAGAACAGAGGAGGUCGCUAUCUUCUUAUUUUCACUUGUUUGUUGACGAGAUAGGUAUAAAGACAUUAGCGAAAUCUGAUAAAGAUGUGUUCAUUAUUCUUUUAUUAAGGAUGCUUCGAUUGACUGGAUUUGGUGCAACCUCUUUAAUAUUGGUACUUUAUUUGAAACAAAUAGACUUUGAAGAACAGUUUAUUGGAAUGUUUAUGACUGUAACAUUUAUUGGAGAUUUAAUUACAAGUUUUCUUUUGGCAGUAGCUGCAGAUAUCAUUGGAAGAAGGAAAAUCUUAAUGUUAAGCUCUAUCGCAAUGACACUUACAGGAAUCUGCUUCGUUCUAUUUGAAAACCCAUAUAUUCUUACUGCUAUUGCUACUAUAGGUAUUUUAACUCCCUACGGAGGAGAAGUUGGGCCAUUUCGAUCAAUUGAACAGAGUUCAUUAGCUUCAUUAGCCCCUCCUGAGCAACGAUCUGAUGUUUAUUCAUGGUAUACAUUCCUUGGCACAUUCUGUGCAGCUAUAGGAUCAAUUGCAUGUGGAACUUUGGUCGAUUAUAUGAAUGUGCAUUUAGAUUACUCGCUAGCGUCUAGCUAUAGAGUCGCUUUUCUUGGUUAUACUGUUCUUUCAUUCCUUUCAAUUAUUUUGUCAUAUUUUAUCUCUACUCGUAUUGAAUGGACUUCAGAAGAGAAGGCUAAGAAAUCUCAAACUUCUAAGCAAGGAAGUACCGAACAGGAUGAGACAACCCAGUUAUUGGAGCCAGAGUUACAUUCAGAAUCUCAAGAUCAACAAGAUGGCCAUGAUCAAAAUCAGAAAAAGUCUAAAGAAUCUGUUUUCAAAUUUAUGCCAACGUUACAUAAAUCUAUUCUUGUUAUAGUGAUAAAAUUAUCAUUAUUAUUUGCACUUGAUUCUUUUGCUUCGUCAUUGAUAUCAUCGUCAUGGAUUUCAUACUAUAUAAAAGAGAAGUUUGAUGUUUCGGCAUCAUAUUUGGGUUCAGUAUUUUUUGUAACUGGUAUUAUUAGCAGUUUCGCUUCGCUCUUAAGUACUUCGUUAACAAAACGUUUGGGUCCGGUCGUAACCAUGGUUGUUACCCAUUUACCUUCUUCCAUUCUUUUGGCACUCGUACCUCUUCCUACUUCAUUGAAAGUCACAAUGGCAAUCUUGGUUUUACGAUCAUCUACCCAAUCUAUGGAUCAAGCUCCCAAGCAUGUCUUUCUAGCUACAUUAGUUCCAUCAAGUGAAAGAACAGCUGUGUUUGGCUGGGUUAAUGUUGUCAAAACUCUUGCCCAGGUUCUUGGACCAACAAUCACAGGUUUUUUCACCGUCUACAAUAUUCAAUGGGUUUGUUUCGUUAUUGCAGGGUCUUUAAAGGUGACUUACGAUGUCGGAAUAUUAGCCACAUUCUUAUCCUAUAAUCGUCACAAUGAUCAUUAA